AUGGCGACAGGUGGAAGAACUGGGCGAGGUGACGCCUGCAGCAGUUCCGUAGCAGUCGUGAUCGGCGGGUCAGCCACGAUAAUUCCGAAUGAACAGUCAGCGGGUUGAUCGUCUUUAAGCCUCCGGCGCCGGCCGCUAUCACGAGGAAUUCCGGGCCGGGCCCUCCUCGGAAGUCGGCCAGCAGGGCGGGGGACUCAUGAAAAGCUAAUUGAUACCGAUCAGAAAAGUCGUACAGAGAAUGCGGCGCAUUUUAAAUAAUACAAGCUCGACAAACCUCGUCGCGCCCACCAAGGAAGACUUGGCCACCACUCGCUUUCAUCGAACCGACUCAUUUCCGGCAGCUUCCACAGGGGUCCACAGAGAGAGAGAGAGACUUACAGUAGAGACAGAGAGAGAGAGAGAUCACAGAGUGUGCGGGGUCCUCAGGCGUAUGUUUCAGGCUGCAAUGGCGGAUCUAGUUUUUUUCUCAGGAAGAGGAGGAGGGGGACGAACCAAGAGUGGACUACGAGUGAAGUGAGUCAGUCAGAGGAGGGGAACCUCCCUGUCGAAGACCCAGCUGAAGUGCACCGCCGGCGGGUGCUGCCUCACCCUCCCCUGCGCCCUCUCGUCCAGCUUCCGUAUCCUUGGCGCCAGCCCGCAGAGAUACUCCUGCGCCGCCCUCCCCUCGCCGGAGAGCCCCGUCAAGCUCCCCACCCUCCACCUCUCCACGAGGAACUCGAGAAUGGCGGCGUAGUCCCUCGCCGUGUACACGCCCACCCGCUGCGCCACCGCCGAGAAGUGAGCGAACAGGUCGCCGUCGCGGCCGUCGAACAUGAGAUGCGCCGGCAUGGAGAUCUUCUUCCUCAUCAUGUCCGCGAACGCCUGCACCGUCCCGUCGGGGUCGACAUCGAAGAGCUUCUCCACGAUCUUCGCGUAGGCCGUCUCGUGGCGCUUCUCGUCGGCGGCGAUGGUGCCGCAGACCUGCGCCAGCUUUGCCUCUCCCCGCUCCUUGGCCAGCCUCGCCGUGUUGCCGUGGGAGAUGAAGGUCGCCCGCUCCUGGAAGGACGUGUAGAUGAAGCCCAGGUAGGGGUUGUUCUCCGUCCCCGGGUCCUGAAAAUUUCUCUCCCACAGAGGAUCAGAAAAACCAGGCAGAAGGAGAGCUUCGGCAUCCUGAGAGGAUGAAGCGUCAGCUCACCAUGCCGGAGCUGAUGAGGUACUGGAUCGUCUUCUCGAUCUGGCGCAUGUCCACUCUUCCGGAGAGGUAGAGGUACUUGUUGAGGAGGUCGCCGUGGCGGUUCUCCUCCGCCGUCCACGCCCUCGUCCAGACGGCCCAGGCGGCGCCGCUGGCGCCCGUCUCGUCGCGGACGCCGUCGAGGGUGUUGAGCAUCGUCUGGUACGUCGGCAGCGCCUCCUCCGUGAUCAUGUCGCCGACGAGGCAGACGAAGUAGUCGUCGGGGAUCUCCAUGGCCCUCUCCCUGAGCUCCCUCACCUCCUCGAAGAACCCUUCACCGGCGGGGUCGGGGAGGAAGUCCUGCGGCUGCCAGGACCUCUCCACGGGCUUCAAGAGGACGAGUAUGUUCUCCUCCGCCCACCCCUCCAGCGACUUGAAGAUCUCCACCUUCUGCGGCGGCAUGGAAUGCGUCACCUGCGCCGGAACCUCGCGGGGCGGCGCGAACGGCUUCUUCAGAUUCUCCUCCCUGGUUUUUUUCGGUUUCAACAGGAACAACACUGAUCAAAAACACGGAAAGAAGAGAAGAAAAGAGAAGAGAAGAUGGUGA